AUGGAGAGUGAGACUGAGACACUCCAGGACAACAACAGCAAGUUCUCAGCAGUUCCUUGCAGUGAAAGCUUAAUCUUCAUCAAAAGCAACUCAACAUCUGAAGCAGAUGACGCCUAUGAUCAUGUGCUUAACCAGAUACUCUUGAUGGAUCCUUUACCCUCCAUUGGUAAAGCCUAUUCCAUGAUUGCUAGAGUAGAAAAACAAAGACAGCUUAAUUCUGCAGUUCAAGGUUUGGAUAGAGAGGAAAUUAUGACAAUACAAAUACAAGACUCAAGAAAACAGGGAUUCAUGAAAAGAAAAUCUUUUGCUGAUAAGAAACAAAUGUACUGUGAUAAUUGCAAGAAAAAUGAUCAUAUCAAGGAUAAUUGUUUUGAAUUAAAAGGAUUCCCAGAUUGGUAUAAGGAUCUAAUCGAACAGAGAAAGAAAAAUGGUAAACAACCCAUAAAUAGAGCCUUGAAUACGCAAGGAGAAAAGGGAGAAAUGAGCUGUCAUACUGUUCUUGAUGAAAAUAGCAUAUCUGAAAUCAUCAGAAAAGAGCUCAAGAAAGCACUUCAAAAUCAAGAACUAAGCCAAGAUCUUUCCAACUUGGUGGAUUAUGAGAAUUUUGCAGGCCUUUUUAGUAUUGUAUUCCUUAAAGAACAGUGUCUUGUGCAGGACCUUGUGACUAGGAAAGUCAUUGCAGUAGGUAGACAAAGAGGAAAGCUAUACCUUCUUGACCAAAGACACAAGACGGAGGAAAAGACUGAACACAUAGGAAUUCUCCAGACUUAUGCAAUACCUCACAAUAAGGAAAAGGCUAAAAGACAGGUUGUAGAUAAUGGAAAUCUCAGCCACAAUAGGCUAGGACAUGCUAGUCAAGAUGUUAUGUUACAUUUGCCUUAUUGUAAAUAG